CAGGAGAGGAGCGCAGUGAUGAGAGCCGGUAUGAAAGAGCAGCGGCGCACCGGGGGAGAGCACUGAUAACACAGAGUACACGCGCUCAGCACGGAGGACUGAGCUCCGUUAAAUUCACAUCACGUCUACGUGCGUGCAAAGAAGCAGCACCCUAACGAAGAGAUGGGCGGCGGAGGACACCGGGGCGAGCAACUGGGGUCAGGAGAGACAAGUUCAUGCAAACAGUACACCUGGGAUGAAGUGCAGAAACACAAUCGCAGGGGUGAUCAGUGGGUUGUGAUCGAAAGAAAAGUGUACAACGUGACUGAGUGGACAAAAAGACAUCCUGGAGGACGCAGAGUUCUUGCGCACUAUGCUGGAGAGGAUGCAACAGAAGCAUUUAUAGCCUUCCAUCCGGAUCAGCGUUUUGUGCGGAAGUACAUGAAGCCGCUGCUUGUGGGAGAGUUGGCGUCCUCAGAGCCCAGUCAAGACCACGGAAAAAACGUUGCUUUAGUGGAAGAUUUCGAGACUUUGCGUAAGCAGUUGGAGGCACAGGGUUUAUUCCGCACCAGCCCAUUGUUUUUUAUCCUAUAUCUUGGCCACAUUCUCCUUUUGGAGGGCCUGUCUUUAGCACUACUUUGGACAUUUGGCAAUGGCUGGAUUAUUACAGCGCUAAUAUCUGUCAUACUGGCCACUGCACAGGCUCAGGCUGGAUGGCUUCAGCAUGACUUUGGCCAUCUGUCAGUGUUUAAAAAUUCCACCUGGGAUCACAUUAUGCACAAAUUCGUCAUUGGACACCUGAAGGGAGCUUCUGCAAAUUGGUGGAACCAUCGGCACUUUCAACACCAUGCUAAGCCCAAUGUGAUCAGUAAGGACCCUGACGUCAACAUGAUUAACAUACUGGUCUUGGGAAACAUCCUGCCUGUUGAGUAUGGGGUUAAAAAGGUGAAGAACAUGCCCUAUAACCAUCAGCACAAGUACUUCUUUUUGAUUGGCCCUCCCCUGCUCAUACCAUUGUACUUCAACCUACACAUUUUGCAAACUAUGUAUUUACAACGGGAUUGGGUGGAUUUUGCAUGGUAUCUGUCCUUCUAUUUACGUUACCUCCCGUGCUAUGUUCCCUAUUAUGGAAUUCUGGGCUCUUUAGUGCUUCUGACUUUUGUAAGGUUUCUAGAGAGUCACUGGUUUGUGUGGGUGACCCAAAUGAACCACAUUCCCAUGGACAUUGACCAUGACAAAAAUGAUGACUGGCUCAGCAUGCAGUUGAAAGCUACUUGUAAUAUUGAGCAGUCGCCAUUCAACGAUUGGUUCAGUGGUCAUCUUAACUUUCAGAUUGAACACCAUCUCUUUCCCAUGAUGCCUCGUCAUAACUAUAGCCGUGCAGCUCCUCAUGUACGAAAACUUUGUGAGAAGUAUGGUGUCGUCUAUCAGGUCAAAGGCCUGUGGGAAUCCUGGUGUGACAUUGUCACGUCUUUGAAGAAGUCUGGUGAGCUGUGGCUAGAUGCAUACCUCCACAAAUAAUCAUCUUUCCUGUUUUUCUUUCACUGCUUGUUCAAAACUAUAUAUACAGUGUAACCACAUAUUAUCAUCAAUAUUGACCUAGGAUUUUGAUUUAAUAUUAGGAAUAUCCAUAACAAUUCUGUAAUUCCCACUUUAAUCUUCACAUUAUAUCUUGUCCUAUAUGCUGGAACUAAUGUGGUAUUUUGGUACUUUAUUUGUUAGUGAAUUGGAACCGCAGAUCUCUCUUGAAUGAAAAUAUUUUUUCUAUUUCCAUGCUGUUGGUUACAUCCUACACAAAUAAAAUUAAAUUAUACUGCUCGACUUUUAAAUUCCACAGAUGAUUAAAUUGCUCCUGAUAUGUUAAAUAGUUCUCUAAUAAUGCUUUUCUUGUAUUAAACUGCUUUUUCGACUCAUUUACAUUUAAAAACAGCUCAUUGUAGUAAAAUUAGAUGUUGUUCUAGUUGUAGAUGUUUUCUGUGAUUUAUGAUUUUGACAGCUCUCAUUUAUUUUAUUUUAUUUUAUUAAUAUUUUUUCUAUAUCUUGUUGCGUCCCUUUUUAAUCCUUGUUGUUUAAUACAGAGAUUAAGAUGAUUAGAACACCAAUAUUGUUGAUAUAUCCAUAAGUGCCAUGGGAUUUUUUUUGGACUUAAGGUAUGCGUUUUGUUUUAACAUAAUCCUUAUAAUUCCUGUAAUGUUUGCACAUUACAUUGCUGUCUUAAAGAUUCUUAAGGCAUGGUGAUGAAAUUUUCAGGGUUAUGAUUUGGUACCCAGCCAUCUCUCCACUGUAAGAGACCAAUUUUCCUCCCUUUGAUGCCUUUUAAAAAUACUUUUUAAUACUUUGGGGCUCCAUAUAUAGAGACACUUUCUACUAUUCUUAGAGUACAGCGCUUGAUAAUCUGGCCCCAUACUUACAGAUCCUCUGCAGCCUACAGUAUGUCUACCUUUAUAAAUCCUGACACUCCAGCCACAUUGUUUGGCAUUUGAUUCAAGUGCAGCAUAUGUAAGCCUUUUGCUUUUAAAAGUGUAAUCCAUUGAAUCAUUUCAGGACACUAUAAUGUAUAAUCUAUGAAGUCCAUGACAAACACAAGGUCUGGACAGAGGUUUUAUUAAAGCAAUCUCAUCUGGGAAGUAAAACAGUAUUGUUCCAUUCUGUGAAAUACCCAGAUAUCUAAUUCUCUUGUAUAUAUGGGAGGAGACUGGAAUGUUUUUGACAAAUAAAGAGGGUUAAAGUAGGUGGUAUAAAGGUAGCACAGGCAAAUAUUUUGUUUUGUUUCAAUCACAGCUUCUAGACAUGUGAGUCAUCGUUCAACCAUCAGUCGUAUGUUUGACCUGAUUUGCAACCUACCAAAUUGUGGUUAAGCAAAGUUGCAAAUAUAAAACAGGAAGAUGGACUAUAAAUGUUAUGUGGAAACAUUAUUAUUGAUGUACCUGUGCCUAAUUCAUUAAAUACAUAAAGUAUUUUGAACCCCUACAGUAUGUACUGUCAGGUGAGAGUCUUGUCUCACUGCAUACAUGAUACAUACAUGUGGCAUCCAACUAAAUUGCAAUGUAUAAUAUGAUGAAUGAUCUUUUUUAGUGUAGUUUCUAGGGCAUUGCAUUUGAAACUUUUUAAGAUGUAUGUUAGAUUAUGAGCAUUGAAAACUGUAACAAUUAAGGAAUAAAACAAACAAAAAAUGGCAUCA